CGCCGGCAGCGGGCAGCGCUGCCUGUCCUGUUUGUUCUGUUUUUUUCUCAAUUUUGCAAAGGAAUGGUGGGAUGGUGUGAGUCGUGAGAGUUUUGUUUUUAAAGAAUUAUUAUCGAGUGCUUUUCUGAGAUGGCACAAUCAUCACAUGCGUGGAAAAAGAAGCUAUAUUACCUUCCAAAAGUAACGAGGUGGUCGAAUGGUAUAGGUGCUGCAUUGCCGGAAGAAUACAAAAAGUUCUGGAAAGAGUGGAAAGUACAGAAGCCUGCUCCAGUUCAUUAUAUUCCAAAACCAGGAAGAUGGGAAAAAAAACCGUCCGGAGACAUACUUCCUGUACAAAAUAUUCCUCUUCCUCUAAAAUAUCCAAAAGAGAUAGAUCAAGGUAUCUGGGGUGGAGAAGCAGUUGUUCAAGGGUUUACCAAAAAGUUCAAGCAUCGUAGAGUGCCACACUUCUGGGUACCUAAGCUUCUUAAGUCAGUUAUAUACAGUGAAAUACUUGACAAGUAUGUAAAGACAAUAGUGACUUAUAGGGCUUUGCAACUAAUACACGAUAAUUAUGGAUUUGAUCAUUAUGUGUUGAAGACGAAAGCAUGUGAUUUGAGGUCACUGCUCGCUCUGAAAUUAAAAAGAGAAAUGCUUAUACAACUUUGGGACAAAACAUUGUACCCUAAUGAUCCUAUUAAGCAAGAAGAAGUAUAUGCUAAAUAUGAACACUAUCUGCCAAAUUAUACAAGGGAGGAAAUUGAGUGGUAUGGAUUGACAUGGAAAGAAGCAUGCAAUAAGCUCAUACGGAUACAAACAGCUGCUUACAAAGCUGAGCCAUUGAAAAUAAAAUUCAGAGAACAAUUCAUUAAAGAACUUGAACAAGAAAAGCUAGAAGAACAAGAAGAAAAUGACAAUGAUGUCAAAAGCAAAAGAUCGUGGUUAUCCAAGCUCAAUCCAUUUGGUAGUGACAAGUCAACUACUGUCUAAAGGAAAUUCAUGCUUAUUACAUUUGUAAAUACGGUAAAAAUUAAGAGGAAAUAAAUAAUAUUCAUCUGAUUAUCAUACA